UAAUUUGCAGAUUGCGAAGGUAGGUACGUUCCUGUGUUAUUUUAAAUUUCAACGAAUGACAUGAAGAAGUGAGGUUAACGUGGUAACUGAAAAUUAGGCCGAGAUAAGAUAAAAAUGUGUGAAGACAGUAAUAUUUUCAAUAUCGUUCAUUAAUCUGUGGUUUCUACCGUUAAUCGCUUUUUGCUGUUUGAAAAUAUAAGAGCAUAUAAACAAAAUCAUGAAACACCAAGCUGCAGUAUAUGACCCAGUUUGAUUAUCCAUUAUAGAAAUUAGUGAUUACAGGCUUUUUUUAUGAAAAUAUGCCUUCACAAUUAUUGCAAUUUAAAAAUUGUCGGAUUUUAAGAAACCAUCAUAUCAUCUGGGAAGACCUGUGGGUGAGAAAUGGACAGAUAGUGAAUCCUGAGAAAAUUUUUUAUGAUGAAAAAAUUAAGGCUGAUAGACAUAUUGACUGCAAAGGUGUAAUUAUUGCUCCUGGUUUAAUAGAUCUGCAAAUAAAUGGUGGAUUUGGAAUUGAUUUCUCUACACACUUGGAAAAUGUAGAGAAUGGCAUAAAUAAAGUAGCCAAAGGUUUAUUGAUGUAUGGGGUUACCUCAUUUUGUCCAACUGUGGUAACAUCACCUGUUAACAUUUAUCAUAAAAUCCUGCCAAAUAUCAAAAAACGAAAAGGAGGUAAAAAUGGAGCUGCAGUUUUGGGUCUUCAUUUGGAAGGACCUUUCAUUAGUAUAGAGAAAAAGGGUGCACAUCCUCCUCAGUGCAUUAAGUUUUUAGAUAAGGGGUUUGAAACAAUAAAAGAAGUGUAUGGAUGUUUAGAUAAUGUAUCUAUAAUAACAAUGGCCCCAGAAUUAGAAAAUUCAGCUAAAGUGAUAAAGACUCUGGUAAGAAAUAAUAUUGUAGUAUCAUUAGGUCACUCUAUGGGAAACUUGCGGGAUGGGGAAAGAGCAGUUUCAGAUGGGGCAUCAUUUAUAACCCAUUUAUUUAAUGCUAUGUUGCCAUUCCACCACAGAGAUCCAGGUCUUGUAGGACUUUUAACAUCAGAUUCCAUUCCUGAAGAAAGAACUGUUUAUUUUGGAAUAAUUGCUGAUGGAGUCCACACACAUCCCUCUGCUUUGAGAAUUGCCCACAGAGCACAUCCAAAAGGUCUUGUUUUGGUAACAGAUGCUAUUUCUCCAAUGGGGUUUGGCGAAGGUGUGUACAACAUUGGUCAGAUGUCUAUCGAGAUAAGACAGAAUAAAGCAUAUGUGGUUGGUACCAAUACACUUUGUGGAAGUAUAGCCACAAUGAUCGAAUGUGUGAAGUUAUUUCAAGAAGCUACUGAUUGCAGUGUUGAAUAUGCUUUAGAAGCAGGAAGUUUACAUCCCGCAUGUGUUCUGGGAAUUUCAGAUCAAAAAGGGACACUAAAUUAUGGAAGUGAUGCCGAUUUUAUUUUUUUGGAUGAUAAUUUGAACGUUCUAUCGACAUACAUUGCCGGUGAAUGCGUUUAUGAAAAAAAGCUUUAAUA